AGCAUUGUCCUCGUAAACUUCCUUGAAGAUGGCAGAUUGUCUGUGACUGGAAUCAUGGGCCACUCUGUGCAGACUGUGGAGACCGUAAGUGAAGGGGACCCCAGAGUACGCGAGAAGCUGAUGCAUGUGUUUACAGCUGGAGACUGUAAAGGAUACAGCCCCGAGGAUCUGGAAGAGAAGAGGACCAGCCUCAAGAAAUGGCUGGAGAAGAACCACAUCCCUGUCACCGAGCAGGGGGAUGCACAGAGGACUCUCUGUGUGGCUGGGGUUCUGACUAUAGACCCACCAUACGCUCCAGAAAACUGCAGCAGCUCCAAUGAGAUCAUUCUGUCCCGAAUUCAGGAUCUUAUUCAAGGA